UUGGAGGUCAGUAAUGGCGGCCACCAUGGAGAAAGCAGCCGGUAUGAGCAAUAUGCUGCAGUUUAUGAAACUCAUCGGACAGCUUAAAGUAAGACUUUUGUCAAACUAACGUGUUACUCUUUUGUUUCAUAGUUUCCCGCCAACAAAUUCAAGUUUUAGUCAAAGCCAGCAGCUCCGGGACAGUGUGUGUUAAAUUUACCUGCUUUUUUAGUCUUCUGGUUGAGUUGUUGUUGUUGUUGUUGUGAUUAUUUUACACUCUUUGGUUGCAAAAGGUUAAACUUAAUAGUCACUACUAAUACUGUCACAAAGUACAAACAUCUUAAAGGUUCAAUGAAAGAAAAAUAAACCUUCAACCUAAUCAUAGAAGGGGGAAAAAGAGGAAACUUUUGUUUAUUAAACAACAGGAAUUACUAAUACCCUUCAACAACGCACUUCCGUUAAGGAAAAUAAAUAAAUGAAAAAGCAAGUGGUUUAUUUUUAUUUUAUUUUAUUUUUUUAUAUCACAAAUAACAUUAAACAACUAUUAUACUAUUAUUAUAAAUUAAAACUGAUUAACCCUAUAUCUUUUUUCGUGUUUUUCUAAGCUUUGUGUAGCUGAGUGUAAUUAUACAGUAAAGUUAAUACAUAAACAUUAAAGUACAUUUGGGUAAGGUACUGUACGUUACCUUUUAUAAUGAAAUUUGUUUUUCUUUUCUUCUUUUAAUGGCAGUGGAAAUGUUUACCCUUUUGGGACUCCAACUACCAAAUAAUUUCAGUAAUUAUGAAUAUUGACAUUAAUUUUAGUGAUUAGUAAAUGACAUUUUCUAAAGUCCUGUUUUUUCCUAAUUAUACAGCAUGAAUCUAUGUUGAGUUAAUACAGGGAAAUAUGUUAAUCUAAGUCUUGGAAUGUUUGUUUUGUAUAAAAAAGGGAAUUAUUGUGGUCUUUUCUGUUCGUUUUUUGUGUUUUUUUGAAAAUAAGAAAUAAUGAACUGUGAAACGGCAUGUUGGCCUGCAGCUCUUUUUAAUAAUGUGUUUAGUUAAUAUAUUAUGAAAGUGGGGCAGACUCUAUAAUUUUUUUUUCUUUCUUCUCCUUUUCAUUCACAUUUGAGAUGUUUCCUUAUUUGUAUUGAAUUUUUAAAAUAUUAACCAAAUGAAAUAAAGUAUGAAAAUGAAAAUCUAUCAUGUGCUGUGAGGUUGUUAUUAAAAACCAAGAACUUUCUCUCUGAACUCUUUUAUCAAGUCAUGAGACUAAAUCCAUUCAAGGAUGUUUUUCUCACUGACAUGUUGUUGUUUAUGUGUCGGUGUUUCCUUCAGAGGGUUCCACGGACCGGCUGGGUGUACAGGAAUGUGCAGAAACCAGAGAGCGUGUCGGACCACAUGUACCGCAUGGCCAUGAUGUCUCUGACCAUAACAGACCCCACAGUGGACAAGGACAGGUACAAAUCCAUCCAGAAAAAGCUCAUGAUAGAAGUAACAUGUCCAUGUCCAGUAUCUUUGACUCAUAAAGUCGGCUAAUUUUGGUUUAAUCUUCUCUUUAACUCUACAAAUAAAUGCUGUUCAAUAUCACUCAUCAGCGUAUUCAUGUUUCUGUGUGCAUGCGUUUUCUCUUUAGAUGUAUAAAGCUGGCUCUGGUUCACGACAUGGCAGAGUGCAUUGUGGGAGAUAUUGCUCCAGCUGACAACAUAAGCAAAGAAGAGAAACAUCGGCGAGAGGAGGUUAGUGUCGCUCACAGCAGAAUCUGACAUUAAACAUGUUGUACUGCUCCUAUGUUGGUCUUCAUAUCUACUUUAAUACUUCCUCUUACCUCUCUCUCAGGAAGCAAUGAGACAUCUCUCAGGUCUCCUGCCUGAAGGACUCAAACAGGAAAUUUAUGGACUGUGGGAGGUGAGACUCUUUAGUUUGGAGCUUAUGAAUGAUUGCUGAGGAAAUGUUAAUACUGACACACUUUUUUCUGACCUGUAGGAAUAUGAGACACAGAGCAGCCCAGAGGCCAGAUUGGUGAAACAGUUUGAUCUGCUGGAGAUGAUCCUGCAGGCCCAUGAGUACGAGGAGCUGGAAGGAACUUCAGGAAGACUACAGGAGUUUUUUGACUCCACUAACGGUAGGUCCACAGUCCAGGUUUCUGUCACUAUCAGGGAUUGUCUGAUCACCCACUUCUCUAACCGACAUUUACUUCAUUUUCUCUCUACCAGGUCGUUUCCACCAUCCUGACGUGCUCCAGCUUCUCAGCUCCUUGAAUGAAGAACGAGGACGUAGCAUCAGUAAAACACAGGACGCCAAGACUUCAUCAUCUUCUUCAUCAGGGUCCUCACAGGAAAAUACAACAAUACACAACUCCUCCUGACCACACACCUCCGAAAUCAAGGAACUGAAACGUGUACUUGAACCACUUUUGAGGACCCUGCUUCUUUAUUGAGAAGUGAGAACGAAGAUUCUGUAUUUAAUUCGGUUAUUUUAGUCUCGAUCUACCUCAGUGUCCCCGUCCAGUUUCUCUUUUGAAGAAGCAUCUGAGAGGACACUUUUAAAAGUUCAAAACUGCAUGUCAUCCCCACUCCCCGGACUUUUUGUCUCUCUUAUCCACCCAAAAAUAAGUAGAAUAAAAUAAGACAAACUUUGAAAGUAUUACAACAUUAUGUUGGAAUACUUUGAACGGUCGGCAACAUUCAUCUCUGGAGGGGGUGUCUAACUCUGUGCUAUAGCGUGUUUGACCAUCACUUAAUUUUACGCCGGAAUAUCCCUUUAAACCAUAGACAAGAACAUGGAGAUUUAAAUCCCCCACAUAACUGAAAAACACGACCACAGCAGUCGGUUUUAGUUGUAUUUCAAGUUAACACAAACACUGUUUUUGUUGUUCUGAGUGUUUUUGUGUAGAAUCAGCCGUCUGUCAUGUUCGGUUUGAUUAAAACAAUCUUUAAUAUCCACAUCAGUCAUAAAUACAGUUAUUUAUUACUGUAUGUGAUUCAUUAUUCAAAUAAAGAUUUUAAACACAGACUUUUUUAUAUUUUAAUGUAACAGUUACAGUUCUGGAUGUUUGGUAAAAAGUUUAGUCUAAUCUAGAGUUAAAUCUCAAUAAAUACAUAUUUGUGAAUAGACGACAGAAUAAAUGAAAUGAUGCGGGACUUUUUACUCCGAGCACAGCCAAGAAAAUAAAAACUUUGAUACAGACAAAGACAGAAAAGUAGAAAGUCAAACAUGAAUACAACUAAAGUUUGAAAACGGUGCUUUGGUGCUUUUCAAAGUUACAAAGACAACAUGCAAAUAUACUUUUUUUUAAGCACAGAGUGGCACUAACCUUUUUUUUUUUUCACAGAGAUGAAAUAAAAACUAAUCCCGUCCUUUCUGCUCAGCGUUAGUUCAGCAAAACGAAGUCAUUAAUCCGACCUGAGCCGGGAUUUCAGGGUCACAUUGAAGGAUUGUUUCCUCAGCUGCAGUAUGAAGUUGUACUACAGUAUUCACAUGAAACACACAAAUACACCAAAGUAUACUUUUACCAGUUAAAUGACAAGUUUUUAGAGGAGGCGACACAAACAUGAUGAAGUUAUUUUGAUUUCUUUUUAUGUCAGUGAUUCUGAGGGUGGACCGCUUCAGCGACAAAUGUGAGAAAUUAACUCCACUGAACCCCAUUUACACCUCCAGUAAAAACAGUGUUUUCUUCCUUUAUGUAGGUUUAAUUAUCUUGUCAUGUUAAUACACCACCCUCAGUGUCACUGUGAGUGUGAUCCAGCAUUCACGAGGACCUCGCCCAGAAAUCCCAAAGGUCUAAACUUGCAUAGUGUGUCUUAAUAAAAUAUGAUAAAAAGUCUGAUUUCAAAAGUUUACAGGUAAACCCGUAAUUUCAGCUCGAGUUAAAAGCACUUCUUUAGAUACUUCAGUUAAAGCUCCAGUGAGGAGCUUUUGGUUUGUGUCAACUUUGGCGCCCCCUGUGGACAAAGCAGUCUUUGCUUGUCUUGUCCACAUGAGAGUCAAUUGUUAUGUUUAUUCUGAAUAUCUUAAGAGGAGAAAAACAGGACUGUUUCCUCAGCUGCUGGGCUUGGACAAUAAAAAUAAAGAUAUAAAAAUGUUAAA